AUGGAUGCUUUAACUGUAACACCAUCUUUUGCAACAGAAUUAGCAUCAUCCCCUGAAGCUAAAAUUACUGGCAUUUUCACCUAUCCAAUUAAAUCAUGCCGUGGAAUUUCUCUUCCUCAUGCUCCUCUCACUCCUUUUGGAAUUCGAUGGGAUCGACAGUGGGUGGUUGUGAAUUCAAAAGGGAGAGCAUGCACGCAAAGAGUUGAACCAAAGCUUGCUUUGGUUGAAGUUGAACUUCCACAUGAGGCUUUUCUUCAACACUGGGAACCUACUACUGAUUCAUUCAUGGUGUUGAAAGCACCUGGAAUGGAACCUCUCAAAGUUUGUUUGAACAAACAGUAUGAAGUAGUAGAUGAUAUUACAGUCUGGGAAUGGAACGGUCCUGCCUGGGAUGAGGGAGCCGAAGCAUCGCAGUGGUUCUCAGAUUAUUUAGAAAAACCUAGUAAACUGGUUCGCUUCAAUACUGUUUCAGGAGUUAGAAAUGUAGACCCUGAUUAUGUUGAGGGACAGCAGCGGACCUUCUUCAGUGAUGGUUAUCCAUUCUUGCUCUUAUCUCAGGAAUCCUUGGAUGCGCUAAACAAGCUUCUAGAGGAACCGAUACCUAUGAAUCGUUUCAGACCCAAUAUCCUUGUUGAAGGUUGUGAACCAAAUGCUGAAGACCUGUGGAGAGAUAUCAAGAUAAGCAGGUUUUCAUUUCAAGGCGUCAAGCUGUGUGCCCGUUGUAAGGUACCAACGGUCAAUCAAGAGACAGCAAUAUUUGGCACUGAACCAACAGAAACUCUUAUGAAAGUUAGGUCUGGACAUGUCUUGAGACCAAAUGAAAAUAACAAAAACAAGGUCUACUUUGGUCAACUUAUAGUGUGGAACUGGAAGAAUCCUUCUGCUAAAGGAGAUGGAAACAUGCUUAAAUUGGGGGAUUCUGUUUACAUCAAUAAAAAAUUCUCUUCUCCAUCACAAGCAGCUGCUUAA